AUGGGUUUACUGAGCCGGCUUCGCAGGCGGUCCAAGAGCCAUAGCCGCGCGGGGAAUGUGGCCACCUCCUACGACCACCUCUGCGUUGACUCCCACCACACCUCCGGCCUCGACAUCACGAAGAGGCUUCCCCGACCGCUACUGGCGCGCAUCUUCACCUAUGUAUGUCCGCACACCAUCGAUUCGAGCUAUGACACCUCAGAGGAAUCGAUGACAGAGGAUGGCUGCAUGCUCUGUGAUAUGCGCGACCUGGCACAUUGUGCUGUGGUCUGUAAACGGUGGUACUUAGAGGCUCGGGCUUUGCUAUACGCUCACGUCCGCAUCGACGCCGUCCACUACUGCGAGCUCGAGGUCCAACUUGCCGCCAAACGAAAACGCCAUUCCUUCUUCGACCGCAACGGCGAAGCUAUCGAUGCCCCACAAGUACGAUUGCAGUUGUUCAUGCAGACUGUCCGAGAUUCGCGAGACCUGGGGCGCAUGGUGCUCUCCCUACGGAUGCCAUUCAUGACACGCGAGGCCAGCAAGGCGGAGAUUGCGCGCACCAUCUCCGUGACGCCCAACAUACGCUACGUUGACCUGCCGGCGGGAAUAUACAGCGACGACGCGUCGUGUCUGGCCUUGAAGCAGGAGCUUAUCGGACGGUGUCCGGAUUUGCGUCGCAUGACCUACCGACACGGCGCGGAGGGUAGCUUCUCGCAGCUGCCAGAAGCCCGUCUUUGGCAGAAUCUGGAGGUGCUGGAACUCUCUCGAUUGCACAUUGAGCCGCGGCUUCUUCGCAUGGGGCUGGGCUCGUUUCCCAAGCUUCGCGAUCUGACCCUCGACGACCUGCCGUGGCUGGACGACUCGGCAUUUGACCUCUCCGACACCCUGCCUCCUUUCCCAGCCGUCCAGCGGCUGACCCUUCGCGAUACCCCGAACGUCACAGCAAGCGGGCUUGCCGGCGUUCUCUCCCUGCCUUUGAACCGUAAGGUGCUACAGUAUUUGACACUGUCUGCGACAGGAGUGCUCUCAUCCACUCUGCACCAGAUCCUAUCCGCUGCGCCGCAGCUACACGCCCUGUCAGUCAUUCAGGACGUGACGCGGUCCUUCCCGGCCGACCGGGUGCCGCCGCUGUCCUCCCGGUCGCUGCAACUCCUACACUUCGAAAUCACCUCGCCGGCGGGGUCGUACGGUCUGCCGCCAGUAGCAGCGUCCUACUACACGUACCUGAUCUCUUCGCUCAUGUCGAACUGCCUGCCAGGACUGCGUGACCUGUACGUCCGCGACGCCAGCUUCCCAGAGACACUGCUGCUGGCACCACCACCGCGACUAUUCGGCGGUGGCGAGAGCGGACCGCAGUUCUUCAGCGGAGGAAUCUCACAGCCGCUGAACGUGUACAGCAAGGGGUUAGACGAGCUAGAAUGGAACUUUACGCCGUACGAGCCGCCUUCAACACGAGGGCGGCGCGAUAGCACAACACGACCGGUGAGCUUCCACGACGCGCAGCUCAGCCGGUCGUGGGGCGGAGACGCACGCAAGAGCGUGCUAGUGGGCAAUGGGUUUGGAGGGUUCCUGGCAGUGCCAGUGGACGACGGACGACCGAAGAGCAGCGGGGGAUGGCGACGAGAGAGCCGACAAGAUUUGUGGAGGUAG